UCCAUGCUGAGAACGUUGUCCCAACCUGACGGAAGAAAUGCUUCGAAUCCUGGGCGUCAGUGUCAACAUUGACGGGAUAGUAAAAGCUGCGAGGACGACGUACGCUCGCCUUCCCAAAUCAACAGGUUAGCCAACCCUGAAUUUUGCGCUUUGCAGUACGGUAUGUUGGGCGCCAUUACAGACAGGACAAGGAACGAGGAGAGGGAACGUGCAUGCUGCUGUUGAUAGUCAGCGAACCAGUACGAGAAAGAGAAGAAAACAGAACCAUUUCCUGUGCCUGUUCCCACUAUUUCCCUUCUUCGACGUCUGGAGAGGAGCUUCGUGAUGUGGAAAGCUUCAUGGACGUUGAGGAAGGAAAGAGGCUGUGACUCGGAAUGUG